AAUACUUCUACAUUAAGUUAUAGUAUAAGUAGCUCUUGAAUAUUAAUAUUUUAUUUUAAUAAGACAAAAAAUGAUUCUAAUAAAAAUUAUAUCAUUAAUAAACAUUAAUUUAACGCUUGGAUUAUCCUUUAAUAAUUUGCAGUGUAAUUUUUCGAAGUAUUGGUUAAAUUACUUUAAUCAUAACAAACAAUAUUUAAAUGAAAUCAGUGAGAACAUAGAAUUGUAUGACGUGCAUAGUUUAUGCAAAUAUGGCGACGCAAUAAAAACUCAUGGCGAACUCGUACUAGUAAUGUUAGAUGUUUUAAGGGAAGCUGAUAAAAAAUUAUAUUCGAAGGAAUUGAUGUCAUUAAAUUUAUACUUAAAUAACGUAUCCGAGUAUGUAUAUUUUUAUGCUAGUAAUAAUAACGGAAUAUAUAAUAUGUCUGAUCAAAUUUUAAGUAUUCUUAAAGGUUACAUGAUAUUUCAUGAUUACUUCUCAGAUCAGUUUGAGAAUAUUUUAUUAUCUAAAUGGUGCCAAAGUGUGAUAUAUGACGAAUCAUUUAUUUAUUGUCCUGAUUACAACGAAUCAGGAGAAUAUACUCCCGAGAAUUUUCAAUAUGUCGCAAAAAAACUUAAAAACCGAUUAUUACAAAUUGAUAAGGAACUAAACGAAAACGACGAUAAUUUUAUAAAUUUAAAAUUUAGUAGUGUGUAUAAUAUUUUUCAAAAAGCUUUUAAAAGGUCUAAAUACUGGGAAUUUUUACCGAAAAAUAUAGUAUUUUAUGACUUUAUGAUGAGUAAUCGCAAAAUUCCCGAAAUAGAUAUAAUAAUAAGUUCUCAAGAUAAACAAUAUCCAAUGUUAAUAAAUGGAAGAAAAAAAUAUGUUUUAGAUAUGAUCCGAUUUGCACGACUUUCCAUAACUUGCCCUGGUAAUAGUCGUUUGACCCUUUUUGAUAUUUUUAGAUUUGUCAAAUAUACAUGUUACAGAAAAGAAAUACGAAUAUUUCAUACACUAAUACUAACUGCAACAUUUCGUCCUAUUGCUUUACUUUUAAGACUCUUUACCUUAACUCUUAGUUCAUCAACUUAUGUUUAUGAUUUUGAUAGUGACCAAGAAGAAUCGUCGAAAUUCUAUGAAAAUAUUAUUUCUGUUGGUAAAAUAAUAAUUGAAUGUUUUCAAAAUUUUGUCAAUAUGAACCUCUUUGGUGACGGUCCAACAAAUUUUUUUUUUACAUUAUCAAAAAAAACAUCGACAUGCCUUAGUCAUUUUAUUCACAAAAAUAAAACAGAUCUUACAUUAUCAUCUAUCGAUUUCAAAAAUUCAUUAGAAUCAUUUUUUUAUAAUAACAAAAUUGAAAUGUAUGUGUUAAAUGCAUACUUCGAAAAGAAUUUUAUUGAUGAUUGCUUUAAUAAAUUGGUUGUGAAUCUGCAAGAAGUACAAGAAUAUCUAACAGAAUUAGAAAAACAUAAAAAAUUGUUUGAAGUCACCAAAAAUACAUUUAAUAUUACUCAUAUAUUAAAUGUAGAACAUACAUUUAUUUUUAAUACACGUAUAAUAGAAGAGUUAUGUCAAAAUGAAGAUAUUUAUACAUUUUUAUAUAAAUUAAAUGACAAUAAGGUCACUCGAAUCGGUGAUAUCAAGGAAAAAAGUAUAGCUGAUAAUGAUGAAAAUAUAAGCAAAAAUAAUAUGAGACAUAAUAAUCAGAUAAAAAAAUAUAUUAGUAAAAUUUAUCUCUUUCCUAAAUAUUUAAUAGAUUACAUAUUGUAUAUAAGACUGUAAUUAUUAACACAUGCACUAAAUAUCUAAUGUACAAUAUCUAAUUCAAUAUCUUUUUAUCCAAUUAACAUUUUACGAUACUUUAAUUUUUAAAUAAUUUGUAUCAAAUUUAACAUUAUAAAAUAGACACUAUAUAUUUUAACAUAAAAUAAC